UACUACUCCUACUAUUAUUACUAUUACUACUGUCUAUCGACAAUUGCGAAUAUUCUCUCCUCAGCCGUGAUAUUUUUAUCAUAACCUACCGCUGACCCCGUGAGCCGUCGCGAUCGAUGCAUGCGUUUCUAUGAUCCGCCAUGGGUCGCCCUGACUCGUCUCAUAUCUGGGGAGAAUGGCCCUUAGUCGCAAACAUGUCCUACUGGCAGCUGUCAGCGGCUGCAUUUCCUGGGCAUUGGUUGUUAAUUGGUUGCCCUUCGCUCGAUAUCUCGGAUACGCCUUCAUAGCUGGAAUAUCAGUCGUCACCUGCGUUGCAAUCAGUACAAUAGUGCUAGUCAUCAAACCGAAACCCAACACCCAAAAUGCACCUGUUGUCGCGUUUUUGGCCCCAGAUACCUGGUCCAAAGAAUUGACCAAUUAUCGGAAAAAUAUGAUAUACAAACCCAAGUCUUUAUACCCUAAAUCUUUUGUGGUUUCCGAGGGCAUCGACGAACUUCUUCAACUAGCAUCCAGAGACUUCAUUGCCUCUUGGUAUAAAAACAUAAGCAAAAGCCCGAAAUUCGUUGAUGAAGUGGACAAGGCAUUACGCUUAGCUAUUGGGAAUAUUCGUGACAGACUUGUAAGAGAAGAUGUAACCUUACUUGUUGUGUCUCGGCUCGUUCCAAUUUUAACAGCUCAUCUGAAAGAAUUCGACCGCGCUGAAAGGGCUGUCCGAGGAAGGAACUUGGCACGAAGUGUUACAGAAUCAGAAGAAUUGGAUCUAGCAAUUGUGAGCAAAUACCGCGAGGGCAGACUGCAUCCAGCUGCGGCAGUGUCCCUCACGGAUCAGAAAUCUACCCAACAGGAGUAUGCUCGUAAACUUGUCAUGGGACUGCUUCCACAAAUUCUUCCUGAAAGUCUGUUAAAGAGCCGUGCUGUUUCGGUUUUGGUCAGAGAAAUAGUGGCAUGUGCGGUACUCUUUCCUAUUGUCACUCUGUUAUCUGAUCCGGAUACCUGGAAUCAGUUAAUGGAAACCUACGGACGUACUACGUUACAAGAUCGUAAAACAGUACGUAAGCUUCGGGCGGCGCUUGAUGAACAUGCGUCUCCAGUAUCGAAGACCAAACAAACUGCAUCCUUUCCAAGACUUUCACCAAAUGACUCUGAACGAGCGUUUGAGCGUUUUGUUAGGGCUAUCAGACGCUGCAACAAUAUAUCCGAUGCCAGGCAGUUUCGUGCCCAGGUAACAAGUCAGCUGAAACGAGAGAGUAUGGUUGAAGGACAAGAUCAAGUCUAUCUUCGGCGACUUGAAACUGGAAAAAGGGUCCUUGAUCAAAAAGUUUCAAAACUUGCGGCCAGUGGAAGUAUCGCCCGUCCAGCGCCAUUUAGACCAGAAAUACGUCGUGAUAGUGCGCCAAACGUACAAGAUGUGACUUUGGUUGAAUUAAUGCACAAUGUCUCAGGCUUAUCAUACUUCAUGGAAUUUAUGGACCGCCAACAACGGAUGUCCCUCGUACAGUUUUGGAUCGUUGUUGAUGGGUUUCGUAAUCCACUAGAAGAUGAUUUUGGUGAUGAAACUUCAAAUUCGGCUUCUUCCUGGACGUCGAGUGACGUGAGUGACAUGAUAUUGAUAAAUGAAACCUACCUCUCGAAACCAGAAUUGAACGUACCCGAAGAGACUCGCAACGCUGUGAAAGCCUUUCUAAAAGGAGGCAAGAAAUCUACACCUGAACAGUAUCGAAAAGCACGAACUGCUAUCUUGACAACUCAGUCUGCCAUUCUAGAAGAGUUGGAGCACAAAUAUUACCCGAAAUUCAAGACUUCUGAUCUUUACUAUAAGUACUUAUCAUCUGAUGAAGCAGCUACAGCAGCAGUCCAGCAAUCUGAACCAGCUCCUGCAACGACUUCUUCAUACGAACCCUCAGAAAGACGGCCUCUUCCUCCUCUCAUGACCCGGACACAGUCUCAGCCCAGUAUACACAAAACGAAAGAUCUUCGGAAGGCCGCUGUAAGCAACGAUGUACGAAACAGCAGUACCAAACUGUUCGAUGAUCAUGAUCCUCCUCUUAGGAGUUCCUUUGAUUCCGAGAGAUCGGCUCCACUCUUUGAAGAUGAUGAUGACAUUGAUCCCUUAGGAAUGUCCACUCAAAGUAUCGGCACUAACUCCCAGAACGGCGAUGGCGAGGAGAGGAAAAAGGAGGUGAUUGAAACAAUGGAGCAGGCACUCAAUGACAUCAUCACAGACGAGCCAAACAAUAUGAGACUCGAAGAUCCUCGGUUAGCUGGGCCAAUCGCAUCGUCUGGGCCAAUCACAUCGUCAUCGCUCUUUGGAAAUGACAGAGAACAAAUGUCCCCUAUGAGCUCCUCGGAAAUUGCUCGAGCUGAAAUAAGAACGGGAGACAAAGGCAAACCCAGCAUAUCCUCUCUUGGCCUUAUUGGACCAUCUUCACGAACCACUAGUGUUUUUGAAGACGAACUCUUUCCGGACGAGAAGAAGUUUAUUGAAGAUGAAUAUGCCGAUCCAGAUGAGAAGGACCCGGCGGACGAGAUUCAUAAAGCAGCUCCCGGGGAUCUUGGUUUAGCAGAGGCUAUUGCAGCGCUAACCGAAGAUAUUGAGAAACUGGCCGCACAAGAAUCUGUUUUGGAGACUCUUACACGGAAAGCCGAACUUACUAAUAAUACCACAGAGUUGCGAAUCUUAGGGAAAUCCAAAGCAAGUAUUCAUCGUGAGAUCCGGAGAAAGGAAAUGCAAAGACAACAAUACAUUAUUCAGGAGAGUGAUAACAGUCUUUAUGGCCGAUCGACUGUGCAAAUCAAAUCUAUCAUGGUUGGUAAAGAGGAGGACGGUCGAGAAUUCGCACUAUAUGUAAUAGAAGUACGGCGAAAUGCAGGGGAACAGAUGCCUGCAGCAUCAUGGGCGGUGCCACGCCGGUAUAGCGAAUUCCACGAACUCCACCAGAAAUUGCGAAUGAGGUAUCCCUCUGUACGCCAGCUGGAAUUUCCUCGUAGACGCAUGAUGAUGAAACUUCAGAAAGACUUUUUACAGAAAAGACGUGCUGCACUUGAGGCGUACUUGCAACAAUUGCUUUUGCUACCUGAAGUUUGCCGGAGUCGAGAUUUGCGAGCGUUUCUCUCGCAGCAAGCUAUUUUACCCCAUGGAGAGACUGCCGCUGCUGAGGGCGAGACAAAGGACAUCGUGACGAGGAUAUACAACUCCGUUGCUGAUGGCAUGGACGAUUUUCUGGGAAAUAUUACCAUGCUGGACCAGCUCUCUACGGCUGGUCAGAAUCUCAUUUCCGCUGCUACCAGCCAGCUCAGUGGAUCAGAACCAACCCUUUCCACGGAGGAUGCUGUGACUGCGGCCGAGGCGGAAGCAGAGUUGAAUGCCUUUGAAGACCGCGAGCUGGAGCCGUUUAUUACCCCCAUAUGCGAUCUUUUUCUGGAGGCAUUCGAGCUGAAUCGAGGCAACAACUGGCUCCGUGGGCGUGCUGUCGUCGUUGUUCUCCACCAGCUUUUGGGUAGCACUAUUGAACGAAAAGUCCGCGACACGGCUAAGACUUUUGUGCAGGACGAUUCUUUACUUCGCUAUGUUUCGCUUGCCAAAGAAACAUUGUGGCCCGGAGGGGUCUUGAGAAAGCCAGUCGUCCGAACGCCAACUCAGAAAUCCAAAACGCGCAACGAGGCUAGUUUCAUGCUGGCGGCCCUCAUUCCCGAUCUGGCUGGGAACGUUGUCGGAAGGGCCAAUGCUCAAGCAGCUGCCCGCAGGCUGUUUGCUACCUUGAACAACCCCCGACUAAAUACUCACUUAAUCUUCACCAUCCUCGACGAAGUGGUACUUGUCUUAUUUGGCUCGCCAGAGGCCGGGCGGUCACGGCUGCCUCGACAGAGUAGCAAUUGAUAGGAGCAUAUUAUAACGAUAUUACAAUUCAUAUAUUAAUUUCUCG